AUGGCGACAAAUGAUCAAGCCUCAGAGAGCCCGGGAUCGGGCUCUGAUGCUUCAAUUCGGGUGAAACUUGGUGACAAAACAACGGUGGUCUCCACGGCCUCGGAAGAGGAACCCACCCCGACCGAUACUAAAUUUUUGAAGGGUCACCCUGUCAUUGAAACUGGGCUUGAUGUCUCCAAGUAUCUGAUCUCGACAAGGGACGAUGGCGACCCUGCGUUUACCUUCCGCUGCUUUGUCCUGGGAACGGCCUUCACUGCACUUUCUAGUGUGAUAACCAUGCUAUACACCUUCAAACCGGUUCAAAUGCAAGUCUCGGCUACUUUUCUGCAGCUGAUGAUAUUCAUUUUUGGAGAGGCCUGGGCCCGCUUAACACCUCGCCCUGACAAGAUCAACUCAAAAUGGCUUCGUAAUACGCUCCUCUUUCUCAACUUUGGGCAGCCUUUUGGAAUCAAAGAACAUGUCGUCGCAUCUCUCAUCGCAUCCUCGGGAAACAAUGGACUGUCUGGAGUGGAGGUCUACGCCAUCGAGCGGCUAUUCUACGAUCGCAGUAUCUCUGCCUCGACGGCAGUCCUAGCCACAUUUUCGAUAUCACUUUGUGGUUUUGUUUUAGCCGGUGUUCUGCGUCCUCUGAUUGUCUAUCCGGCUGAAAUGGUCUACUGGUCAACCUUGCCCCAGGUUGUGCUAUUCCAAAAUCUUCAGUUCGAUCGAAUCGCCAAUCGAGCACGUCUGGUCAAGUUCGGGUGGGCUUUGGUCUUUGCCUUGGUCUGGGAAAUUUUCCCGUCCUACAUGGUGACAUGGUUCGGAGGCCUCUCAAUAUUUUGCCUUGCAUCAUUGAAAGCCCCAGUACAUACCCGAUCCAUCUUUACGAAGGUCUUUGGUGGUGCUUCAUCUAAUGAGGGGAUGGGUCUGCUGAACUUUUCCCUGGACUGGCAAUAUAUCCAGAGCACAUACUUGUCGUUGCCUUUCAAACAACAGGUGAACUCGUGGAUUGGGUAUUUCAUCUGGUAUCCGGUCAUGUUGGGGCUGUGGUACGGCAAUGCGUGGGGCGCAAAGAGUCUCCCGUUCAUGUCCACCUCUCUCUUCGCAACCAAUGGAACGACCUUUUCCACUACGUCGAUCUUGACAAACGACAAUGUCGUCGAUGAGGCCAAGCUUGCGCAGGUUGGACUGCCCAGUUUGACAUCUAGUACGGUCUGGGGCUAUUUCACACAGAAUGUAGCCAUUGGUGCAUUGAUCACGCAUGUUCUUAUCUUUUAUAGCAAGGACAUGAUUCUUGCGUGGAAGCAGGCACGAGCGAGAACUCAGCCUGACCCUCACUAUCAGGGAAUGCUGAAAUACAAAGAAGUCCCGAUGUGGUGGUAUUACGCACUUUUUGGUCUGACAUUCAUUGCAGGAGUUGUCGUGACUGCAAAGGGUGAGACAACUCUGCCUGUUUGGGGCUACAUAAUCUCUCUUCUUCUCGGUGGAUUCAUCGCUCCUUUCUCGUGUAUCCUGUACGGACUCUUCGGAACUGGAGUGGGAACAAACCAAAUAUCCAAGAUGGUGGCUGGUGCCGUUCAUCCCGGUCGACCUCUAGCCAACCUUUACUUCGCUAGCUGGUCACACCAGGUCAUUCUUCUCGCUGUCAACCUUGCAAACUGGCUGAAGGUUGGGCAGUAUACCAAGAUUCCCCAUCGGGUCAUGUUCGCCACCCAGAUAUAUGGUACUCUCCUCGGGGCUGCUCUCAACUAUGUUGUCAUGACAGUCAUUGUCACCAAUGAGAGAGAGGUGCUCCUGGAUCCCGUGGGAACAAACGUCUGGAGUGGUUCCACUCUUCAGAGUAUGAACUCGCAAGCAAUCACAUGGGCUCUAGCCAAGGACAUGUACAGCUUGCAGGGUCGCUACUUCAUUGUACCCAUGGGGAUUUUGAUAGGACUCGGUCUGCCUGUUAUCCAUUGGGUGGUGAGCAAGUAUUGUCCACGCUUACGAAAUUGGCCAAUCAACACUCCCAUUAUUGCGAGCUACACGGGAAUGAAUUACUAUGGAAACACUUCAUGGGUCUGGUCUUCCAUUGCCGUUGGUGUUUUCUCGCAAUUUUGGCUUCGACGCCGCAUGCCUCGUAUCUACAACAAGUACAAUUACCUGAUCGGUGCGGCGUUGGAUGGGGGAUCCCAGAUUAUAAUUUUCAUUCUUUCCUUCGCGGUCAUGGGUGCCAGUGGAAAGGAACACCUGUUCCCAACAUGGUGGGGAAACCCAUCUGGGAACCCAGAUCACUGCAUGUCUGGAAAUUAA